UUCAAAAGACCCCUUAUCAGAGCCAGUAGGAUAAGGCGAAGGGCCCGUUACAAUUACUCAAAUGUUUUCCGUGCCAAAAAGUGACAGAUGGCUGACAAUGUCAUCGACGUUUUUUCAUUCCAUCCUUUACACGUUUAUUUCAGUACUUUGGUUCACGAAAGGUCAGCAGUAUGGCGAUGGCGAGUUUGGAAGGAGAGUUUCCCUAUACCAGUACACCUACGCCGCAGGAAUCGUAUACCACGUACGCAACAAACCGCCUCAGCUAAUGUGCGGCGCAGCAAUCAUUCAUCCGCUAUGGGUGUUAACGGCGGCAAGAUGCUUUCCUCAAGAUGCCAGAAUCGAAGACUACGAGGUGUUCGCGGGUGACGUUGAAUAUUUCAGCAAAAGUUCGAGUGAACAGCACCGUCGCAUCUGGAAUAUCGUGUUUCAUUCUAACUACACCACGUUCCCAGCUGAAUUUAAUAUCGCGCUUGUCGAACUCAUUCAGCCAUUUGACAUCACCAACAGCGUGCGUAGUGGUUUUUUGCCUCAAGGACCUUUGCGUGAAUAUAUGAAUUGCAAAACGCUGGGCCUCAAAAACGAGUGGUGGAUACCGACGCCCGUGCUGGUAGAUGUGGAUACAAUUGCGAGACGCAGAGAAGAAUGCUUACAUCUAAUCCAGUCACCUCAAUGGUUGCUAGCAGCGCCGGUGUUCGAUUAUUGCCUCAUCUCCAGCUCCAUUAGCUCACGAGCACUUCGCGACCCUUUUCACGGAAACAUAGGCGCGCCCUCAGUCUGCAAUAACACAAUACAAGCAAUCACAUCAGACUUGCCAUUCCUUGAUCUGUCGGGGCCUAUUAUUGUAACUGAUGUCGGCAAGCACUUGGCGUGGAUACGCUCCAACAUAAUAAAGCGGGAGCCAGCGCAGCAGUAUUCCUAUAACGCUCAAAUCAUGCGCUCACCAUUGGGCGUGAUAGUUCUCGUAUUACAGAUGUUAUUAUUAGCGACUUAG